AUGUCGGUGUCACUACCCUCUGACCUGAGGAUAGUUCUGGUGGGGAAGACUGGAGCAGGAAAGAGUGCAACAGGAAACACCAUCCUGGGAGGAAAUGUGUUUAAAGCAGAGGCCUCCCCAAAGUCUGUGACCAAACACUGUACGAAAGGUGAAAGGAAUGUUGCAGGAACAAAGGUAACAGUAAUUGACACCCCAGGCCUCUUUGAUACAACACUGUCUGAAAAGGAGAUGAAGAGGGAAAUGGAUGAGUGUAUUAAGAUGUCAGUCCCAGGACCCCAUGUGUUCCUGCUGGUGAUCAGGCUGGAUAGACACACAGAGGAGGAGAGGAACACUGUGAAGUGGAUCCAGGAGAACUUUGGAGCAGACGCUUCACCCUUCACAAUCUUACUGUUCACUCGGCCGGAUCAGCUGGAGGGCAAACCAGUGAUGACAUUCCUGACAGAGAGUGAUGAGCUUCAGAAAGUCAUCAAUGUCUGUGAGAACAGGUUUCAUGUCUUUAACAAUAGAGAGAGGGAGGACCGUACUCAGGUCACAGAGCUGCUGCAGAAGAUAGGGAAGAUGGUGGAGAAGAAUAGAGGACAACACUACACCAGUGAGAUAUACGAAGAGUCUCAGAAUAAGAUAAAAGAGGAGGAG